AACCUUCUGGUAUCUCCAUGAGGUGUCUCCCACACACGCCUUCCUAAGAUAUAAAACUGGCUGGAGGCACGGCCCUCUCUAGCACACAUUGACUUCCUCGGAGCAGCGAAACCAUCGGCGUGGAAUACUUUGAGCCAGUUGGUGGGAAUCAGCCAGAGGCCACGCAGAACCGACUGUCGUACCCCAGCCAGCCAUUUGCCAAAGAGGAUUUCAUCGACUCAUUGAACUCAGUCAACCGCAAGAGAAUGGGUUGUAAAUGCUGCAAGAAGCACCAGAAUAGCGAAGAGCUCACCGACGUGGAGAGGGCCAUAGAAAUUGUCAUCAACAACUUCCACUGUUAUGCUGUGAAGGGCCGCAAACAGUGCCUAACCCCUAAUGAGCUGAAAGACCUGGUGGGACAGAGGCUGCCUCAUUUAGCAAAGGGCGUCGGCACCCUGGACGAGAAGAUUGAAUGCAUCGGGGAUGCAGAUGAAGCCAAACUGCAGUUCGGCGAAUACUGGGACAUCAUGGGGGAUGCAGCCAAAGGAUGCCGAGUUCCAGGGAAAAAGAAGUAACAAGAUCAGAACCACAAAGCCUCGGACCGUUUACGCAGAAAGAACGAGAGACUGUCUACCUUGAUGUUUAUGAGUUGUCAAUGCAGUGUUAAUAUUUCGGGGGCUCCCUUUUCACUUCUCAGGCUCUGGAGAAUCAAAGAGCUUCUUUCCUUCAAGUCAAGAAUCUUUCAAUUUUAUAGCCCAGGUUUUCUAUCUGGGAGAGACCUCUUUUCUAGAUUUUUUUUUUCUAGAACACCACAGUCACUAGCUUUCUGGAAUGUUUGUAUUCUAGGUUCCUGGCCACCCGACUCUGGAAUGUGCAGUGGAGAGGGUUUUUUUUAAUGACACCAGCUCUGGAACCAUAAAGUAUUAUUUUUUGGCAUGUGCUCUAGAAGCUUUUCUGAGACGAUUAAUUUCCAGAUUUGGAUUUUAGGUCUUUCAUUUUCCAAGUCAGAUUGAUUUAGAUAUUCAGCCUUAACAUUCUAUUUGGAAUUCUUCAGAGCUUCAUUAAAAACCCGUCUGAACCUCUAGAACCAUUAAGCAUCGGUUCUCUGGAUCUUGAAUCCCCCCAACAUUGUAUUUCCCUCCUUUUUCCAUAUCUGGAGUCCAGAAUCCUUAUAAUUAUUUACUUCAGACUCUGGAAAUCUUAACAAAAAAAUUUGAAAACCUUAAAACCACCUCCAGAUCUCGUGGUUCCAGUCUCCUGCCUUUUGGAAGUUUUGUUAGUUCCUGGAUCAACUUUCUCCUGCUCUUUCAAACUAUGAAUUGUCUAGUUGUGACAGGCUUUCUAUUUGGAGACUUUCCACCGUGUUGAAGUGCCUCUCUCUAUCAGCCUGGCUUUCACGUUGCUGGUUCACAGAGCAGAAGUAGGUCUGUUCUUACCUUUCUGGCCUUUCGGCUUUACAAAAUUGCAGGGAAGGACUUCCAGACCGUCUUUACCAACCCGCUUCUGGACUGUGAACACAAGGAUAGGAAAGGAGGGAUUUUAUGGAGGCAGGGAGGGGGUUGGGCUAGGUAAGCGCCCAGAACUCCUCUGAAAGGAGGGGAAAGAGAGUCAUGAAAAGAAGUUUGUUGAUAAUACAAAUCUUGCUUUUGGAUGGAGUAAAAGUUAUUUAUUGGUCCCUUCAGAUAAGGUUCUAUCUGAUAUUGCAGUCUGAAAUAAUUCCACGUUCCUUUAGGCUCAACCGAUAGCCCAACAUUUUCUAACCUGGCUCUGCCCCCGAGCCAGAGGCCUAGUAAUUUUGUAAUCCAAAUGUGGCAACUCAAACUUGUUCCAUGCCCAUUUCUUUCUCUAUUAUGUUCAAUAUUGGGUGCAUUUGAAGGUGAGGGAAGAAUCUCCCUUACGAGCAAAAGGAGGCACAUUCCUUGGGAGACCCUGUUGUCCUUACCAGUAUUUCUGAAGCUCCUUUAUCCAUCUCUGAUAAUUUACUGGGGGAACCUAAAUAGUCCUCAGAAAAGCCUGGGGCCUGCAUGUAUGGGCAGCUGUAGAGUUGAUAUUCCAACCUCCAUUUCCUCUCAUAGGAAUCAGAAUCUGAGAGCCAAACUAAAAGUGACGUCUUACACAGGUUGGACAAGUUGGACAAGUUUUGAUGGGAACUGUAGGCAUCCUGGUCUUGCAGGUGUAAUGGAGAGCCAAGCUGUAAAACCAGGGCGCCUACAUUUCCCAUCAAAACUUGAGGGAAGCCGACUAGUGUCCAACCUGUGUAAGACAUCACUUGUAGUUUGGCUCUCAGAGUUAUGCCUAACCCUGACAGUGCUGCUGAACAGGAGUCAAAACAAAACAAAAGAUUUCAAAGGAAUUCAAAAUUAACUUUGCUUUCCUCAUAGAUUAGCUACAAAAAAACUUUGGACAAAGAAAAUGGGCCCCAAUAUUGCAUGUUUUCACAGUUGCCGAAUCUGAGGUAAAUUCCGGAGCCAAACCCAGUAUGCUGAAACUGUCCAACUGGUGGCCUGCUGAUACUAGAUCCAUCUUUGGCAGGCUUACUGGUCACUGGUUUCUAGGAACUGGGCUGGGUGGUGGUUCCUUACAACCUUGUGUUGCUUGCCAUGAUUUUUGUAUGAAUUGAUAAAAUAUAAUAAAAAGGGAAAAUACACAAUGA